UUGGGUUGUUCGAGAAAACCCCGAAGGUUCCAGUAACGAACCAGCGGUGACUGACGGGGCGGGGCAGGACGCUCGCAGCAAGAGAGGAAGAGCGCGAGCUGUGGAAGCGUGUUCUCGAAGGAACUGUCCGUCCAGGCAGAGAAUGUUCCAGAAAAACCCCUCUUACACUCUUGUCUAGAAUCUUCGUUCCGUCUUCCUUAUGUUGCAAGCGAUCCAUCGAGUGCGCGAUUAUUUCAAUCUCUCAUCCUUUUAUCUCUCCAACUCUCGUCUCCUGCGGUCUAUUUUCUUCGUCGUGUGCAUUCUUUGUGCUCAAGGCGGGCUUCUUCGCAAACUUCGGAGUCUAAGAGUGGCUCGAUCUUCACGAGAACACUUGGAUUGAUCGUUCUGAUACGCGGGUCGCUUGAAUUCGUGGCGAUUGUGAGCGGUCGUCUCUCUCUAAAUCUCCAAUCAUCUGAAUCGUCCGCCGUGCUUUUUCGUCUUCUGGUGUUGCAUAUAGUCCAAAAUUUUGGUGCGUGUGAGACGACUUGACAUCAAUUGCAACAGAGGAUAGGAGGACAUAAUGCCGAUGCGAGGAGCAGGUCCGGUGACACAGGAUUGGGCGCCUGUAGUUAUACACAAAAGACCGACAAAGGCCUCGGAUGCACGCGAUCCUAAAGCUGUGAACGCUGCUUUGAGAUCUGGUGUUGGAGUGUCCGUCACCAAGAAAUUCGAGGGAGGCACAAACAAAAAAACUCCUCAGACAGCCAUCAAUGCGCGCAAACUCGAGGAGGAAACGGAACCCGUCACCUUUGAAAGAGUCGCAACAGAAGUGAAACACGCGAUUCAAAAGGCGCGUCUUGAGAAGAAGUGGACACAAGUGGAAUUAGCAAAGCUUAUCAAUGAGCCUCCUAAGGUUGUUCAGGAAUACGAGUCUGGUAAAGCAAUUCCCAACCAACAGAUCCUUGGGAAGAUGGAGAAAGUACUCGGCGUUAAACUUCGAGGGAAAUUGAAAUGAUGUCGUCUAUCUCGCGGAAAGAUCGCAUGCUGACUCCAGUUUCAGGCAAAGAGGUGGAGGUUACGUUCGGACUGCAUCUUCAAUCGCAUGCCGUAAAGUUCAUGGGAAGGAGUCAGGUUGAUGACAAACUUUAUUCCAAGCGAAUCUUUUACAACCUGAAUUCUUUUCUGCAACCGAAAAGGAAGAGCAGAUUCACCAUCUUCCGGAGAAGCACUUAUGCGAUCAUUUACUUGUACAAAAAUUUAAAUUGUGGAUACUUCUAGAUCGCGUCAUGUGAAGAAGAUAGAAAUGAGCGCAUCUGAAAUCAGGUCACAUAGAGAGUACGAAGAGUAAGAGGAAUAGAUCAAAUUUACCAAAAUGAUCUUGUGAUCGAUGAUCAAAUACACUGUUGUGUUCUGAUAGACGAUUGAACGCUCUUUAAUAUAAGCAUUAACAUGUCAGAAAUUUAUCACUCUUUCAACAUCUCAAGAUAGUGAGUUGGAAAUUUGGAUGAUUAACAUGCGGAAACAG